UCGCCGUGUUUCAUCACGGCUGACUCGACGCUGGCACCCCAAAUCGCCUUACGGUUGUUAAGACUUCCACAGUUCUUUCUUUCUUUUUUUUUUUUUUUUUACAUGUCUGCGGGAAUUUGUUUCGGCGAAAGCAUCAGGAGAUAAGGAAAGAGAGCCAGCGCGGACUUCUCGUCGUGGAUAUUCCGUUACGUCUGGAGAUACCAGGGCUCUCCCAUCGAUUCAAAGACAAGACACUUCGUCCCCCUCCGGUUCUGUGAUACAGGUGUUGUUGCCAUCCUGUGACAGAUUUAUCCUCUCAGCUGUUGGGUCUAAGGAGGGGAAGCAAAGAUGCCGAAACCGAUCAAUGUCCGUGUGACCACCAUGGAUGCAGAGUUGGAGUUUGCUAUCCAACCUAAUACCACAGGAAAACAGCUCUUUGACCAGGUGGUGAAGACUGUUGGACUGCGGGAGGUCUGGUUCUUUGGCCUGCAGUAUGUUGACAGUAAAGGCUACAUCACCUGGCUCAAACUCAAUAAGAAGGUGACUCAGCAGGAUGUGAAGAAAGAGAACCCUCUGCAGUUCAAGUUCAGAGCCAAGUUCUUCCCUGAGGACGUCUCAGAGGAACUAAUUCAGGAGAUCACCCAGAGACUCUUCUUCCUACAGGUGAAGGAGGCCAUCCUGAACGAUGAGAACUACUGUCCCCCAGAGACAGCAGUGCUACUUGGGUCAUACGCUGUCCAGGCCAAGUAUGGAGACUACAACAAAGAUGCACACAAGCCUGGAUACCUUACUCAUGACAGACUGCUGCCUCAGAGAGUCCUGGAGCAGCACAAGCUGACCAAAGAGCAGUGGGAGGACAGGAUACAGACUUGGCACGAAGAGCACAGAGGAAUGCUCAGGGAGGACUCUAUGAUGGAAUAUCUAAAAAUUGCCCAGGACUUGGAGAUGUACGGUGUUAACUACUUUGAGAUCAAAAACAAGAAGGGCACACAGCUGUGGCUGGGCGUGGAUGCCCUUGGCCUCAACAUUUACGAACACGAAGACAAGUUGACACCAAAGAUUGGCUUCCCUUGGAGUGAGAUUCGAAACAUCUCUUUCAAUGACAAGAAGUUUGUCAUCAAACCCAUUGACAAGAAAGCACCUGACUUUGUGUUUUAUGCACCGCGACUGCGCAUCAACAAGCGCAUCUUGGCAUUGUGUAUGGGUAACCACGAGUUGUACAUGAGGAGGAGAAAGCCUGACACCAUUGAGGUGCAGCAGAUGAAGGCUCAGGCUCGGGAGGAGAAGCACCACAAACAGAUGGAGAGGGCUCAGCUGGAGAAUGAGAAGAAAAAACGCGAGUAUGCCGAGAAAGAGAAGGAGAGGAUAGAGCGCGAGAAAGACGAGCUCAUGGAGAGGCUGAGACAGAUUGAAGAGCAGACGAUGAGAGCUCAGAAAGAGCUCGAGGAACAGACUCGCCUGGCCAUGGAGCUGGAGCAGGAGAGAAAAAGGGCGAGGGAGGAGGCUGAAAGGCUGGAGAGAGAGAGGCAGGCUGCCGAGGAGGCCAAAGCAGAGCUAGCCAGACAGGCUGCAGACCAGCAGAAGACCCAGGAACAACUGGCUUCUGAACUGGCUGAAUUCACAGCCAAGAUCUCUCUCCUGGAAGAAGCCAAAAGGAAGAAAGACGAUGAGGCCACAGAGUGGCAGCAUAAGGCCAUGUCAGCCCAGGAGGACCUGGAAAAGGCCAGGGAGGAACUGAAGACUGCAAUAGUUCUGGUGCCAGCACCUCUGGGCGGCAGUGCUGAGAGCGAGCACGAUGAGCAGGAUGAGAACCAUGCAGAGGCCAGCGCUGAGCUCUCCAACGAGGGGGUCAGCCAGCUCGACCUCCGUAGUGAAGAGGCACGCGUCACAGAAGCACAGAAGAAUGAGAGGGUCAAGCAACAGCUGCAGACACUGAGUUCAGAGUUGGCCGAGGCCAGAGACGAAACCAAGAAGACACAGAAUGACGUCCUACAUGCCGAGAAUGUGAAAGCGGGCCGAGAUAAAUACAAAACGCUGCGCCAGAUCCGACAGGGCAACACGAAGCAGCGCAUCGAUGAAUUUGAGUCCAUGUGAGACCGGCACCCACGUCCCCCCUCGCCCCUGUUUCCCUCUGGGGUGUCUGCUCCCGAACUUUCCUCUCAGCGGCUGCUCAAUUUUCAUGGACAACAGAUGCUGCCGUCCUUGUAAUCCACCAAGACCCCCUCAGUGCACCAAGGAAAUCGUGAGAAAUCAUCUCAUUAAAAACUGCCAAAGUCUUGCCCCACAUGUCGACUCUGAAAGUUCUGGAUAUCUCCGUCAUAUGGAGCUGCCUCAACACCACUCUAACCAAGCAAAUACCAUCUUACUGCAGAAAUUAUCAUUAAUCCUCAAGAGAGUGUACAACCAAAAUGGAAGCAAUUGGAUAUUUUUAUUUUGAGAAAACAUGGCCAUAGAAAGCUACUUUUGUUGUUUUUUGUUUUGCUUGACGACUUGUAUGCAAAGGUUUAGUAUGACUCCAUGCCUUCAGUUUAAGAUGAACCGUCCUCUCCUUGUUUUUAAGUUGUUUCCCUCUGCUUUUGUUUGACUCGUUUUAUUGAUUACACCCUCUCUUUUUUUCUUUUCUUUUUUUCUGAGUUGUCUUUUGAACACAUUGAUGCAAGGUUUAGUCCCGGCCUAUGAAUAAAGAACUGAGUUUUUUGGGAUCACUAUUUUUAUUCAGCUUCAAACAUGCUGCUAUGUUACAUAAUGUCAAAACACAUUACAAGCUAACUCUGCCAACUCUCAGCAUCUGUGAGUUUUUAGAGAGCUGAGUCAAUUCAAACUAAAAACAAACACUGCAGUAUUAUUAUAGUUUAAUCUCAAGCUGAGUAUCAAGUAAAGCAGUAUUUUCCAACUUUGAUGAACAACUCUGUGAAUAAAAUUGAAGCAAAUUGACCCUGGUAGGGAAAACAGCCACCCAUCUUGUCACAUGGCAGGGUCUGAUGAUUGAAUGUAGCCAAGGUAACAAAGGGAAAGUGUUCUUUGCAUGCUGAGCUGAUAGGAUAGCAUGUAAUGAGCUUGUGCCACUGAACUAUCGCCCUCGAGCUUAAAAGUGCUACGGAGAUAAGCUAAUUGGUAGUUGCGUAGCCUUGCGUGUGUUUUCCAGACGCAUCGAAGUGUUUGAUUCCCGGUCACCAUAGAUGGUUUUCUCUGCCUGCCAGCUCACAAAGGAGCCCAGGGUGGUACAUGGACAGACAGAGGAACCGACAUAUGAGGCUGUUUGUCUGUCUGUCCAAGCAGCUGAGUGUUUGGAUGUAUUUGCGUGUGUUGGAGUGAGUGGAAGGAGAACGUGUGGAAGAUGAGGCCUGGCACCUCUCUGGCUGGGGAGCUUAUGAAAACAUUGGUCCUCGACCGGGGACAAAUCUCUACCUCAGUUAUGUUAGCAGUGGUGACUGACAGUCAAACACUCAGGAUGCUCCUCUCCUCUCUUUGAAAAAGACAAAGGUCAUGAUUUUACCCUGUUGCUGUUACAUCCUCGGGUGGUUCUCCUGGACAGGUUACAUUUUGUGAGAGCUCAGAUACAUUGUGGCUGAAAUUUCACCCAACCUUGAAAAGUAGUAGAUAAUACCAGAAAUUUUCAAUUCUGGGUGAAGUUUUCCUUUAAGGGUAAAACAUACCUCCCAAGUGAGAUUCACAGUAGAUUGAAAAGCGUUAUUUCUUACCUUUGAAGCUAGUUGUACCCAGCGGUCUCUGCUUGCCUUUGGGCUUGCUCAGAUGUCCAUGUCGGUCCAUUUUUGCCUAAGAAUAAAUUGAAGUUGAAAUAAAUAAUACUACAUAUACCAGAACUGAGAUGUACUGUAUAUAGAGAUAUCUUUGGUAAUCACCUGUCAGGGUCCUGUGAGGCAUUUAGGAGCCAAGAGUUGCUGUUGUGGUUUUACAGAGCCACCUGGACUCGACUCGUUGCAAGGAUGGCUCCCCUGUAAAAUAUUUAAAACUGGUCUUCAAUGCCCGCUCAAAAUUCUGUCCUUGGUUUCACUUUAAGGAGACGGUUUGCAGAACUGCGAUGAUUCAUGGGACAGAGAGGCUUGUGAAUACCUAAAGAGAUGAGUUAUAAGUAGUUGUCGAUGUAAAGGGACCUUGCUAUUGUGAUCAAAUCUCUCCAGGCUCAAACAGAGAGGAGGCCAAUAUUCUUCCUUUAAAAUCCAAUGAUACACCCUCAUCUCACAACAUUUGUUCAUGCUCAGAAAACAAAUUUACUCCACCUUUUGUGGGGUGGAAAAUAUGUUCUUUUUAAAUAAAUAAAUAAAUACAUGAAGUUUUCCAUUUUUUCUUUCUUUUUUUAAUUAACAAUAUGGUGUAAAAUGUUUAUGGUAUUAUUUGUUACGAUAUACUUGACAGCUGGUGUUGGUCUGACAUUUUUUUUUUUCUUUUAAUGGUCAGUUUUAAAGUUAAAGCACUUGUAUGGAACAUGACACUGAAGCCUGCCUUUUGUGUUUAACUCCGCAGUGUCUGUUGUUCGUGUUGUGUUUUGCCAUAGCAGGUGGAAAAGGAUCAUCUUGUGCUUCCAGCUCAUAUUUUUGUAUUGUGUGUUCAAAGACCACUAAACCAGCGGCGCGCAUCGCUACACCGGACAGCUUCGUUGGAGAGGAAAACAGACAUGUCUGCCCCCCCGGUUUUCUUCACAGCAGCAUGUUAUGCCUGUCCUGUCCCCUCCAAUGAAGCCAGUGUCUGUGAUGAUGCCGGCUCUGGCACCAGCUGUCAUGUUUCAACGUUUAUUUUCUUCUGGGUUUUUUUUGUUUUCUUCUUAUGUUUAGGAUAGAAGGCGCAGAUGGAUUGCAGUCCAUUUCAUUGGUUCACAAAUAAAAGUUUUAAAUUUUGA